GUGAUAGUAUGUUAGAUGAGUUACUUUCUCUGUUAUCCCAUCAGCCCUCAUCCUGUGAAGCCGAUCAGUACUGUGCAGAUUACAGAGAAGAAAUCUGGUCUAUUGGAUCUUGGCAGCACUUUAAGCAGCGGGCUUGAGAAACUGAAGAAUGUGACCACAGGAAGUAUCAGCCCCAUCAAAUCACCAGCAUCAGGUCAGGAGGAGCAGGAAGCAGUAAAGGAAUCCAAGCUCACUGACCCAGUUGCUCGUUACUACCACCUGACUCAUGAUGAACUCAUCAAAAUAAUUCUGCAGCAGGAGAUGGAGAUGAAGAAGAAAGAGGAGCAUGUGCGAGAUCUAGAAGAAUACAUCGAUGUAGUCCUAGUGCAAGUCAUGGAGCAAAAGCCCAGCAUUCUCCAAUCAGUGAGUGAAAAGUUGAAGAACAAGGCAGUUAACAAAUGAUAUAGCCUUGUGACUGUAGAAGGGUUUCCUUUCUACCCUUACACUAGUAAAUUCUGGAACCAAAUAGUACAACUGAUGUAAUCACUUUCCUGCUGUAGAUGGCCUGUGUUUUUAAAUGAUUGUCCCAAGAGGGAGAUUAAUGAGUCGCUAAAGAGAUGGUUAAAGGGGAACAUGACUUAGUCACACUUUGGUUGAAACGCUGUGUUUUCACAAUUGCGGCCAAGAGGCAAAUGCAGCUCUGAUUUGUUGGAUGGACAAAACUCGGAGUGAAAUUAGGGCAACCUGUUGUUAGUGGGCGUGAGCCUGCAGCAUCAAGCUUAUCCUAUAAUUCAAUACAGAUUGACAACAAAUUGGCAGUUUUGUUACAGGCCAUGGGGUGUUUGCUAUGCAAAAUGUAAGUUCUGAAAGAGAAAACAUUCAGAGCUUGCACAGUAAGGAGACUUCCCUCGGGUUGAAGCAAAGUUAAAAGUAGUCUUAAACUGCAUAUAACCCGCGCUAUAUACCAAAUUCCUGUGCCUUUGCAAGCAUGAAACAAGUUCCAUAAAAUAUGUUCAGUGUUUUUCAUUUAUACUCAUCUUCCAGCCAUCUGUCAGAAACCCAUUUUCUUGUACAAAACCCAAUGUCUUGUUUGUUUUUCUCAUCUGUUUUGGCUCUGUAACUGUCUGCUAUCGAGGAAUAAGAAAGCUUCUGUAUGCAAUUUAACUGUUGUUGAUGUGACAGAAUUGAUGGCAUUUCAAAAGAACAAUAACUGACCAGAUACUUUGCCACUGCCUUUUCCAUUCACCAAUCAGAAAUUGUGACUGUUUCUAGAAGUAAUAUAAUCCAUCCAGUGUAUUGUGUCACAGUGAGAGCCUGAACUGAUUCUUGCCAAAUAUCCACACUAGUGCACUUUCUCUGGUAAGGUUCAAACAAUUGGCAUUGGGGAAACUCCCCUGCUUCAUUUAUCCCCUCCCUAGUCCUGGACACUGAAGGCAACUAGAGUAUUUUUGAUAGCAGCUCAAUCAGCAGUGCUGAAAGUUGGUCCUGAAGGUCCUUUGUCCAUAAUGGCAUCUUUCAUUAAACACGCAAUUUAAUAUAUUUGAAUAAAUUUAUCAGGUGAUUGCAGGACAAUUUUGUUGCCAUUCUCCACUCCUAGGUCACAUCUGAGGUCUGUUUCCAAUUGAAACUCCUCAUCUGUUCACAACCAUGAAUGACUGCAUUAAAAUACUCGAAACAAACGAUGACUAGUGGCUGAAAUAAAAAUCAGAAAUUUUCUAUAUGAUAUUGUUAAGAAAAUCUUUUUCAUUUACUAGCAAAAUCACAAAUGUUUUGACGGGAACAGUGUUCCCUAAAUGUAAAAGUCCUCAGGAAAGCAUCUACAUUAAAACUUCAGUUAUUUUUCUAAGAGUUGGUUGGUUUCUGUCUCAUAGUUGGAAUUUAUCAACAAAUAUUGUUUCAAGCACUGUAUAAAAAUAUUUGCCUUGUCAGUAUACUUUAUAUUAUCCUAACUCAGCUUCCAAAGUGAGUGUUCAAAAACUGUACAUCUGUUCUAAAGCAAAUCCAUUGUUAUAAGCUUCUUUUAAAAUUUAAAUUUGAUCCAGUUAAAAAUUGAGUAAAACCUAAGGUUGAGAAGUUCAUUAUCCUGAAUGCUGGUGUUGCAUUUAUUGUUCCCAUAUGGAUUCCUAUGUUAUAAAAGUCCUAAGGGGUAGAGUCACUGCAAUGAUCAACUUGUAUCAUCACCUACGGAAUAACUCGUGGAGAACACGGGGCUGAAGGGAUAAAAACUUUUCUUUUGUGGACUUACUUGUGGAACUGAAACGUUUUCAACAGUAAUUUAUGUCAUUGAUUUAUUUUGAAGUGGAUAAGUUUGGAAUUGGAUUUUUUUCUCUACUUCAUUAGCUGCCGUUGUGGGUAGACAGCAUUCAAUGUACAGCAUUUCAGGAUACUUACCCCUUUCUUAGACAGUCACAAUGUAUAGAACCUCAACAUGUCCCUAUCCUGUUCAGUUUUGUUGUAUAGUAUCGCAAUACAUCUUACCUUAUUUUAGAUUGAAGAGAACCCUGUCUAAACUCUUCUGCCUUUAUGUAAUUAAAACAAAAUCCUGCUUUCAGGAAGUGGAGAUGGAGCUUUUAAAAAAAUGCUGCUUGUUAAUAAAGUUAAAUCAUGAAAUAAUCAA